AAUGGUAAAACUAUUUGUACAAAAAAUAAAAAUAUUAAUCGGAAAUAAAUCCAAAGACAAGAAAUUGCACAAAUUAUGAGCUACUUUAUAACCAAUGAUUAUGGUAAAAAUCAAUAUGAAAAAGUUGGUGAAAUUCGAACUCAAUCAACACUACAUCCAGCUUUUAUUGGGCUUAUUUUUUUGAGUUUCUGCAUGAUAUUUAUAAUAUUAUCACUAUGGAAUAUUGAUAAUACAAUAAAUCCAAAAAAUAACACUUAUGUAUUUUACUUAAAGUCAAAACGUUCACUUUUACAUACAGUAUCAAACAAAUUUUUAUCAUUUGGUCUUGAUACAUCUUUACUUCGUGAUAUAAAAAAUCUUCCAAUUAAAAAUAAUAAAUUUAUAAAUUUAGUUCAAUAUCUUGCACCAGCUUAUAUUCGAAUAGGAGGUACAUCUGCUGAUUGUUUAUAUUUUAAUCAGACAAUAAGGAUAAUUUCUGAAAAAGUAAUUAAUCCAGUGGAUGGGCAAGAUAUAACUAAUUUUACAAUUAAUGAAAAAGAUUUUGAAAAUUUAUAUAAUUUUUCAAUAAAAUCAAAAUUACGAAUGAUAUUUGAUUUAAAUGUAUUAAUUAGAAAUAUUAAUGGCUCUUGGGAUGAUAUUAAUGCUAAAAAUAUAAUUUCAUUUGCCAAAAAUAAAAAUAUGAAAAUAGAUUGGCAACUAGGAAAUGAACCAAAUUCUUUCCAUCAUGUAUUUAAUAUAAAUAUUACUGCAAUUCAACUUGCAUAUGAUUAUCAUCAAUUAAGGCAAUUAUUAAAUGAAAUAGGAUAUAGUAAAAGUCUUCUUGUGGGUCCAGAAGUAAAUCAUGUAGGAGAUACAAAUCAUAUGGGAGAACAUUAUGCAAAAACAUUUUUAAAAAAUGAUAAAAAUAGUAUAAACUAUGUCACUUGGCAUCAGUAUUAUUUUAAUGGAAAAGAAGCUCAAUUAAUUGAUUUUAUAAAUAUUUCAAAUUUUAAUUAUUUGCCAAAACAAAUUAAAUCUAUGCAAGAAGCAAUUCAAUCAUCAGGAAAAAUUAUUCCUAUGUGGUUAUCAGAAACAAGUACAGCUUAUGGUGGAGGUGCUCCAGAAUUGUCAAAUAGAUUUGUGGCUGGAUUUCUAUGGCUUGAUAAAUUAGGAUACAGUGCCAGUACAGGAUUAAAUACUGUUAUUAGACAAUCAUUGUUUGGUGGAAAUUAUGCUAUGAUUGGACCUGAUCUUAUACCAAAUCCAGAUUGGUGGGUUAGUGUAAUUUAUAAACAAUUUGUUUCAGAAAAAGUAUUAGAAUUAUCAUCAACAUCUUUUGAUUAUUUACGACUUUAUGCACAUUGCACUCCUGAGAAAUCAUGGAUUGAUAAAAUUGUAGCAAUCACAAUAUAUGGAAUUAAUUUGUAUAAAUAUUCUGUUAAUGUUACUAUUCAAGGAAUUCCUAUAUUUCAUAAAAAUUCUAAGGUUUUUUUGUAUGCACUCACUUCUAAUAAUUUACAAUCAAGAGAUAUAAAAAUAAAUGGAAAAGUAUUGAAAUUGCAAUCUAAUGGCAGUUUGCCAUUAUUUCAACCUAUAAUAUUAGAAUCCACACAAUUAAUUACUUUACCAUCUUAUUCCAUGAUAUUCAUUGUAAUACAUGGCGCAUAUGUUCCAGCAUGUCAUACAUAAAUAUAUAAUGAUAAUAAUAAAUUUGAUGAAAUUUUA